AUGUCCAGUAAAGAAGUAAAAGCGGUUUUGAAGAAUGCCAGAGAUGCAAUUAGAAAUAAAGAUUAUAAAGAAGCACUCAAGCAAUGCAAGGCAGCUCUAAAGUUGGACAAGAAUAACUACAAUGCCUGGGUUUUCAUUGGGUUAGCUGCUGCUGAGCUAGACCAACCAGACCAAGCACAAGCUGCCUACAGAAAAGCUGCGGAACUUGAACCAGAACAGUUACUGGCCUGGCAGGGGUUGGGGAAUUUGUAUGAAAAAGUCAGCCAAAAGGAAUUUAAAGAGGACUUGCCAAAUGUGUACAAAAAGCUUUUGAAACUUUACAAAAUCUCUGACAAACAGAAGUGGUGUGACAUUUGUGAAAAACUGGUCGAUCUGUACGAGCAAGAUAGAAAAAACUUACAGGCUGCACAAACAUGGCAACAGUUUAUAAACAUGAAGCAAGAUGAAGGUAUUAACAAGAGUGAACUUUACAAGUUAUGGAGAAAGAUGACCCAGCUGCUGGCAGAGAACAUAGAGUUCCAAGACAAUGAGAUCCAGCAGCAGCUCUUAAAUGCCUUUGAAAAUGCCAUUUCCUACCUGGAAGAGGUACCAGGAGAAGAGCACCGUGCACUUUAUCAGGACUUUGUUCUCUGCUUGUCUAAGCUGCCGCAUGAAGAAGCCAAGUUAAAAUCGACCUGUAACAACAUGACAGCAGCCUACCCUACCCUCACCUAUCCUCUGGAAGUACUUAGCUUGCACCUCAUUAGGUCCGGAGACAUUGGCGAAGAAGCUGUCCAGUGUUACAACAGGCUUUUGCAGUUGGAUAAUGACAAUGGACCUGGCCUCAUUGGAAUGGGAAUCACAGCUCUGCAUGAUAAAAAGUAUGAUCUGGCAGUAGAAAAAUUGUGUAAAGGCGUACAUAAAGUGAGUUCAUGCCCCCAUGCAUGGUUCUUUCUGGCCCAGGCUCAGCAGAAAUUACACAGAUAUGAAGAGGCUGUUCUGUCCUGUGAAAAAGUUAUCAAUGCUUUGUCUCAUGAUAACCUAUCACCGAGAGACUGUGAACAAAAGAAUAUUACUCUGCAGCUGAAAGCUGAAGCAAUGCUGGAAUACUGUGACCCUGAAGAGAUCCUGAAAAUUCUUGAGCAGAUUUCUAAUAAGGACAGUGACCCGACUCUCGUCGCCCUGAAAGGCAAGGUGUAUUUAAAGAAGGGUUUUUUGGAGCAAGCAUCUAAGCUGUCAGAAGAGCUCAUACAGUCACUCCCUGAGAUGGCAGAGGGAUAUUUUCUGAAAGGUCUAAUCCAUUACGUGCAGAAGAGUUACAAAGAGGCUGAAAAAAGUUUUCAGAGUGCCAUUCAGAGAAAUCUGGAAGUUGCAACCUAUUAUUACUAUCUUGGACUCACUUACUGGUUUAUGAGUGAAGAAACCAAGAGAGACAAAACAAAAGCUGUCACACAGUUUUUAAAGGCUGCUAAACUUGAUCCCUGUUAUUCCAAAGUAUUUUGCUACUUGGGACAUUACUACAAAGACGUAGCUGGUGACAAAGGCCGAGCUCGAGGAUGCUAUAAGAAGGCAUUUGACCUAGAUAAGAGAGAUGGAGAGUCAGGAGCAGCGGCUGUGGAUCUAAGUAUGGAUCUUGGUGAUAUGGACACAGCAUUAGCUAUUUUGUCAGCUGUUACAGAAAAAGUAAGUGCAGGAACUGCAAAAUGGGCUUGGCUCAGGCGAGGUCUCUUCUAUCUGAGAGUCGGCCAGCAUUCUAAAGCCGUAUCUGACUUGCAUGCUGCACUUAGAGCUGAUCCGAAGGAUUCCAUCUGCUGGGAGUGUUUGGGAGAGGCCUACCUGAGCAGAGGAGGAUACACUACUGCACUGAAAUCCUUUUUGAAAGCCAGUGAACUGAACCCAAACUCAAUGUACAGUGCGUACAAGAUAGCCUCUAUCAAGCAGAUCCUGGGGACUUAUAAAGAGGCCAUAACAGAAUACCUGCAAAUCGUUAAGAAGUCUGGAGAAUAUGUGCCUGCACUAAAAGGUCUUGGUGAAUGCCAUUUAAUGCUAGCAAAAGGGGCACUUGCAGAUUUCCUGGAUGCUAAGGCAGUGGAUGCCAUAGAAAAAGGGCUUGAAUACUUGACAAGGGCAAUUCAGCAGCAGCCAGAUCUUGUAUGUCUAUGGAAACUUCUUGGAGAUGCCUGUACCUGUCUUCAUGCAGUGUCACCAGCUAAGGUCAAAAUUAAUGUCCUGGGUGCCCUUGUUGGGCAGAAUGAAGGCCAUAAAGUGAUCAUUAAAUCAGAAGCCUUAGAGAUAGGAGCAAGGUGUUAUGGGCGAGCAUUGAAGAUUCAACCGUCUGCAAAUAUCUGGUGUGAUCUUGGCAUAAAUUAUUAUUACCAAGGUCAAAAUCUAAUGAGCUCUGACAGCCAAGGAAGUCAAACAAGUCAUUUAUUGGAAAGAUCUGUGCAGGUAUGUUUGUGCUGGCUGCAGGAAUAA